GAUUAUUUUGAAAGCCAAAUUAGGAAAAGUAUCAAAAACAUUGUAAAGAAAAGUAGCGAUAGCACGACAAAAUAAAGUAUUUCCUCAUUGGCUGCAUGCUUUCGAUCGCGAUUGCAUAAGCCGGGAAGAUACGAGAGAGGAGGGGUGUCGCAAUUGAACUGAAAAUAAAUCGUCAUUAACUGAAUUGGAGGAAACUGUCAAGCCGUCACCUCCGUUACCAUGAGUUCAGAAAGGGUUAUACCCAGUGAGUCGUUUGACUCGGAAGCCAGUUCAGAAUCGAAGCUGGCUAGGAAGAUCAAAGAAUCGCCAUUCAUGGUUGCAGGGCUGGUGGGCCUCACUGGCAUUGUGGGCUACAACCUGUACAACCUGCGCCGGAGACCCAAGGACAUGAAGAUGUCCGUCUACCUCAUCCACAUGCGCGUGGCAGCGCAGGGGUUCGUCGUGUCCUGUCUCACGGCCGGCGUGUGCUACCAGAUGUAUAAGGAUCACCUGAAGCCCAAACUUGCCGAGUGGCAGCAGACGGGUAACUGACGACACGCUCCCCUAGGCCGGUGACUAUUCAAUGUUAGGUUGACUGUGUGUUGGUGGUGACGAGCCCCACCCCGCAAGGCAUUUUGAAUGUCUUUCUCGAACAUGGUGUACCAAGUAUGCCAUUACAAUAGGUAUAGGUAUUGCAGCUGGCAAUUACGCCGUUGUGACCGGGUUGAUAGGUUGUCUUAGACUCAGCAAACAUUUGGAAAUACUUUUGUCAGAGUUUUAUUGUGGGAUGGCGUACGAGAUGGGCGAGAUUCAGACAAAGCGCGCCAGUUAAGGGUAAGGCAAUGGUGGCCAUGUGUUAACGUCAGGUGAUGCAUGUUGUGCUUGAGAAAUAAAUGUCUUACUCGAGCC